UAUAAAGGAGGAGAAUCUUUAAACGGUCCUUCUUCUUAGAAUCUUGGACAUAAUCUUGGUAUCACGCGUGAACCUUAAUCAUUGAUUUAUCUUUUUAAGAACGGACCUGAACACCUGAGCAUCAUGGCAGUAGUGGGCUGCACAUUGUGCAUUAAAUUCAUGCUAUUUUUCUUUAAUUUUGUUUUCUGGUUGGCUGGAGGUGUGAUAUUGGGAGUGGCUCUAUGGCUUCGUCAUGACAACCAGACCAGCAGUCUUCUCAUGCAGCAGUUUGAAGAUCAGCAGGCUCCCAGCACCUUCUACAUCAAUCUCCAAGGAGAUGAUCAACUUCUACGAUGCGGCGUACAUCAAGUCAGUGGACGUCGUUGACUCUCCCAGCAAAACAGCUGCUAUCAAAGUCCUGGAGGUGUUCCACGAGACGCUGGACUGCUGUGGUAAAGGAGAUGACUCGCCCUUAUUCGUACAAGUAACCGGAGCUCUGUGUCCCAAGAAGAGCCUGGAAGAUGCCCUGUUGAAACCUUCGAACUGUCAUCUGAAACUGAAAGAUCUGUUCUCUGAGAAGCUCUACCUGAUUGGUCUAGUUGCCCUGGCGGUGGCUGUCAUCAUGAUCUUUGAGAUGAUCUUCACCAUGGUUCUCUGCUGUGGGAUCCGCAACGCCACCCCAGUGUACUAGAACCACGGAACCCUACUAGAACCACAGAACCCUUCUAGAACCACGGAUCCCUUCUAGAACCACGGAAUUAUAGAACCAGAGAACCCCAGUGGAGGGGCUCAAAGGUACACAAAUCCUGUACAGAUCGAAGUCAUCGAAGGGGAUUGAAAAUGUUACGUGUUGUAGUUCCUGGUUACUUCUUUUUAUAUUGCAGAAGUAUGUACAUUUCUAUCAGUAUUAUAAAUAGAGACUAGAUUUUAUUACAGUAUUUUCUAUGUUUUAACAAUACUCCUAAUAAGCAUUUCACUACACCCGCAAAAACAUCUGCUAAAUAUGGGUAUGCGACCAAUAACAUUUGAUUUGACUGUUUGAGUCUGUCGAUGACCAACAGACAUUCAGCAUCUCUAAUGCUAAACUUUUUACUACUUUCUUGUUUUCUUUGAGCCUUUUGUAUGUUUUCGUGAAGUACUUCUCCAAGGUUUUGUAUGUUUUCGUGAAGUACUUCUCCAAGGUUUUGUAUGUUUUCGUGAAGUAC